AAACACGCCUCUAUAACAGAACACACUUUGCUGCGGACACAGAAGAGAGGAUAAAAAAUGGCGUCCUUGGGUCACGACGAGCUCCAAUCGGCUAACAUAUUCAUACCGGAGGAGUGGUCCGACGCUGCCGAUACCAUAGCUUAUAAUUCUACAACUUCGCCGCCGCCGGUUGCGUUUGUCUGCGGUCCCAAAAAUAGCGGCAAGACCACUUUCUCUCGUCUCCUCCUCAACGUCCUUCUGCAGAGAUACAAGAAAGUGGCUUAUUUGGAUACGGAUGUUGGGCAGACAGAGUUUACUCCACCUGGUUUGUUAUCCCUUACUACAAUUGACAAAAUAACUUCAGAUCUGUCAAUUCCGUGCCUAAAGACUCCUGAGAGUUUUCACUAAGGCUGUCAAGGUAUAUUCUUACCUCAGUCAGAGGCCGUUGUUGUUGAAUUUGAUGAGGAAAUUCACAAAUGAAAGAAAUUUGGUGAGACCGGCCAAGACUAGAUUUGCAACGGCUUUCUUAACUUUGCAUAGUUUUUACUUGCAAAAGAAAAACUUGAGAAAGCUAGUUUUUUCAAAUGAAUGGAAAGAUAAUAGAUAUGCAAAGGAAGCUGCGGGGAAAGAAACUGCCAAAGUUCUUAUUUCUCCAUUAUUCUGGAAUGACGUCGUUUGGGCUCUUAAAGUUGGUGGUCCUUUGAUUAGGGUGCUUUGUAUGGUGGAUGGGGAGAGAAAACCGCCAAUGGGCUAUCUUUAUGAAGCUAUAGAUAGAGCCAAAGAGACUAUUGCAGUGUCAUUUGAGGGAGAUGUUAGGAAAUAUGAGAAAGUUUUUGAUAUUAUUGAUAGCAGGUGGUCGAAUCAACUCCAUCGUCCUUUGCAUGCAGCAGGCCAUCUUCUGAACCCGGGAUUAUUUUACAAUAACACUAGAGAUGAAACUUUGGAUUCAGAGGUGUGGAUUGGAUACCAUGAGUGUCUUGAGAAGUUGAUCCCCGAUUCAGCGACGGUAGAUCAAAUAGGGGAGGAGUUUGGUAGGUACUCACAAGCAGAGGGCCUAUUUGGUUUACAGGCGGCCAUUAGAGCCAGAGACAUAAGGUCGCCAGGUAACUAACUUUAAUAUAGAUAUCCUUAUAACUUUAAUUUAAUUUAUUUGAUUUAUACUUAUUAACUUUUAAAAUAUUUUUCUAUAGUUGAAUGGUGGAUGCAAUUUAGACAUCAAACUCCAAAUUUACAAAAGUUUGCCAUUAAAGUACUAAGCCUAACUUGUAGUGCAUCUGGAUGCGAGAGAAAUUGAAGUGUAUUUGAGGAUAUUCACUCCAAGAAAAGGAAUAGGCUUGAGCUAUCGCGUCUCAAUGAUCUAGUGUAUAUUAAAUACAAUAGAACAUUGAGGCGACGUUAUGAAGCUCGCGAUACCAUUGAUCCAAUUUUGUUGGAUAACAUUGACGAGGCAAAUGAAUGGUUAACUGGAGCCCCC